AUGGACACCCGCACCUGGCGUCUGAGCUGGCGCUGUCUCCUUCUCCUGGCUCUCCUUGGAUCUACCCGAAGCGAGGGUUUGGAGAGCUGCGAAGAAGUUCGGAAACUUUUCCAGUGGCGGCUUGGGGGAGCUGUCAAGGGGCUGCCGUAUACACCACGGGCAGGACCUGAUCUCCAGGUUUGUGUAUCCAAAAACCCCACAUGCUGUACCAGGAAGAUGGAGGAGAGAUACCAGAUUGCAGCUCGGCAAGAUUUGCAGCAGGUGCUUCAGACAUCCAGCUCAACAUUAAAGUUGCUAAUAUCUCGAAAUGCAGCUGCUUUUCAAGAGACCCUGGAAACGCUCAUCCGACAAGCAGAGAAUUACACCAGUAUCCUUUUCUGCAACACCUACCGGAACAUGGCAAUGGAGGCUGCAGCUUCGAUUCAGGAGUUUUUCACUGAAGUAGGGCUCUAUUUAUUUGGUGCAGAUGUUAAUCCUGAAGAAUUUGUAAACAGAUUUUUUGACAGUCUUUUCCCUCUGGUCUACAACCAUCUCAUAAACCCUGGUGUGACUGACAGUUCUCUGCAAUACUCAGAAUGUAUCCGAAUGGCCCGCCAGGAUGUUAGUCCAUUUGGCAAUAUUCCCAAAAGAGUCAUGGGGCAGAUGGGGAGGUCCCUGCUGCCCAGCCGCACAUUUCUGCAGGCCCUUAAUCUGGGCAUUGAAGUCAUCAAUACCACGGACCAUAUGCACUUCUCCAAGGAGUGCAGUCGAGCCCUCCUGAGGAUGCAGUAUUGCCCACACUGUCAGAGCCUGAUGCUCAGCAAGCCCUGUAUGGGGUACUGCCUUAACGUUGUCAGGGGCUGCCUGGCCCACAUGACAGAGCUUAAUCCACACUGGCAUGCUUAUAUCCGGUCCUUGGAAGAGUUGUCAGAUGCGAUGCAUGGGACCUAUGAUGUGGAACACGUGCUCCUGAACUUCCACUUGCUUGUCAAUGAUGCCGUUCUGCAGGCGCACCUCAAUGGGCAGAAGCUACUGGACCAGGUGAAUAAGAUCUGUGGCCAUCCAGUGAGAACAGCAACACAGAGCCCCCGCUGUACUUUUGAUCCGAGCAAAGAGAAGCAUGGAAUGAAGAUCUCCGCUAGGAAUGGUGAAGAGACACUUGCCAACAGAAGAAAAGAAUUCAUCAACAGCCUUAGACUGCACAGGUCUUUCUACGGUGGCCUGGCUGAUCAGCUUUGCAUUACUGAAUUAGCUGCUGCUGAAGGAAGACCCUGUUGGAAUGGGGAGGAUGUAGUGAAAAGCUAUGCUCAACGUGUGGUUGGAAAUGGAAUGAAAGCCCAGUCUGGAAAUCCUGAAGUCAGAGUCAGAGGAAGUGACCCUGUGAUAAAUCAGAUCAUUGAUAAACUGAAGCAUGUUAUCCAGUUGUUACAGGGUCGAUCACCCAAACCCAACACAAGGGAGCUGUUUCAGCCAGGCAGUGGUGGAGGCAUGCUGGAGCAGUCCAGUGGAGACUGUGAUGACGAAGAUGGCUGUGGGGGAUCAGGAAGUGGGGAAGUCAAGAGGACCCUAAAGAUCACAAACUGUGAGUGCAAGACUCUGGCUCUGCUUUAA